AACGCGCAUCAAAUUAGCAUCGAUGAAGUUUGUGCGAACAUGGCGGAUUUCCUGCCGACCAGGUCCGUGUUAAAAGUUUGUCUACCCGUCUGCCUGCUGAACAGCGGAGAGGUGGACCAGCUCCGAAAGUCCAAGGAGAUCGACCGAAACAUCUCCCGGGAGAAAACGUACGUUAAACGGCUGGUGAAGAUCCUGCUGCUCGGAGCGGGCGAGAGCGGCAAGUCGACUUUCCUCAAACAAAUGCGGAUCAUCCACGGCCAGGACUUCGACCAGCGGGCGCGAGAGGACUUCCGAGCCACGAUUUACAGCAACGUCAUCAAAGGUGUCCGCGUGUUGGUGGACGCGCGGGAGAAGCUGCACAUCCCGUGGGGCGACCCGGAGAACCAGAGGCACGGCGAGAGCCUGAUGGCCAUCGACACCCGGUCGGCCAAGAUGGCCAGCGGGCAGCUGGAGACGUCCGUCUUCCUGCGGUACCUGUCCGCCAUCAGAGCCCUGUGGGACGACUCGGGGAUACAGAACGCCUACGACCGCCGCCGGGAGUUUCAGCUGGGUGAGUCAGUGAAGUAUUUCUUGGAUAAUCUGGAUAAGCUUGGCGACCCGGAGUACGUUCCCACUCAGCAGGACAUCCUGCUGGCUCGCAAGCCCACCAAGGGCAUCCACGAGUACAACUUUGAGAUCAAGAACGUCCCCUUCAAGAUGGUGGACGUGGGGGGGCAGCGGUCGGAGCGAAAGCGCUGGUUCGAGUGCUUUGACUCCGUCACCUCUAUCCUCUUCCUCGUCUCGACCUCCGAAUACGACCAGGUGCUGAUGGAGGACCGGCUGACCAACCGGCUGCGCGAAUCUCUCAACAUCUUCGAGACCAUCGUCAACAACCGCGUCUUUGUCAAAGUUUCCAUCAUCCUCUUCCUCAACAAGACGGACCUGCUGGAGGAGAAGGUGAAGAGCGUUCCGCUCAAGGACUACUUUCCAGAGUACACCGGGCAGGAGCACGACCUGCCGGAUGUGCAGGCGUUCAUGGUGGAGUGCUUCAUGGACAAGAGGCGCGACGCCACCCAGAAGCCCGACGCCACCCAGAAGCCCCUCUACCACCACUUCACCACGGCCAUCAACACGGAGAACAUCAGGCUGGUGUUCCGGGACGUCAAGGACACCAUCCUCCACGACAACCUCAAGCAGCUCAUGCUCCAAUGACACCUGUCCCCCUGUGAAGAUGGAGGACCCGACUGGGGACAGACCACCUCUCACUCCCCAGCCUCCUCCCCCCGCCCCCCCCCUCGCUCCUGACGAGGACUUGGGACAGAUCCGCCUCAGAAGAAUCCGUUAGACGUCAGCAUUCUUCUCCAGACGUUUUUAUAUUAGUUUUUACCCUCCUCUCUGAAAAGUCUCCCCAUGGUCUGGUUGGGGAACGAGUCCGCCCGGCAGACCCCUCCCUCCUCCACCUCCCACCUGUAGUUCUACAGAAAGACGAGCAGCCGGUUUGGAAGUUGAACAUGCAUACAAAAUCACUCUUAUUCCUGUUGCACGCUCCACUGCUGCUUUGCGAAUGUGGUCCAUCCGCCCCCUUUAGUUUGGAGAAGCGUUCGCCCUCUUGCUGAUGAUUUGGAGACUUUCCAAUUGUUUCUGUUAUCGCGGCGCCGCUCCUCCUCCUUCUCGUCCGAAUUGUCACCUUAUUAUUAUUAUUAUUAUUAUUAUUAUUAUUAAUAUUAUUAUUAUUAUUUUUUCUCGGCCUGGAGAUGGGCGAGUUAAAAACGGGGGCCGGCCAGCGGACAAUUUCUGCCAGGACGAGGACCAGUUCAUCGAUGGCGGGAAGAAAAAAAAAAAAACACGUUCAAAAA